AUGCAGACCGUGUGGGCAAUGCUGAUCUGCCUGGCUGGAGGGCAGCUUGCAAGUGCCACACUCUGUAAGACCUAUGGCACCAUCCCAGGCAUCCCAGGGUCACCAGGACAGCCUGGCAGAAACGGCAGAGACGGUGAGAAAGGCCAAAAGGGCGAGCAAGGUCCCCCUGGCCGGGUGGAGCAUGAAGGAGACAGGGGGGAGAGGGGGGACCCAGGAUUGCCGGGGUACCCUGGGAAGAUUGGCCCCAGGGGUCCCCCAGGUUCAAAGGGAUUACCAGGUCUCAGGGGACUCCCCGGUCCUCCGGGGGACUCCGGUGACUACAAGGCCACCGUCAAGUCUGCCUUCUCUGCUGCCAGGACCGUCAGCUCCUACCCACGCCGGGAGCAGCCCAUCCGCUUCGACCGCAUCAUCAUCAAUGAGAAGGGUCACUAUGAGAACCGGUAUGGUCGCUUCACCUGUCAGGUCCCGGGCAUCUACUACUUCACCUACCACGUCACCUCCAGGGGCAACUUGUGCCUCAAUAUGAAGAAGGGCCGGGGUGGCAGCAGGGGUGAGAAGGUGGUGACCUUCUGCGACUAUGUGCACAGCAGCUACCAGGUCACCACGGGUGGUGUGGUCCUCAAGAUGGCAGUGGACGAGUCUGUCUGGCUGGAGCCAACAGAGAAGAACUCCCUGGUGGGGAUCGAAGGGUCCGACAGCAUCUUCUCUGGCUUCCUGAUCUUCCCUGAGGCUUAG